AUGCCUACUUCGCAUGGAGUCAAGAAGCGACUCUAUCUCUCCCACCCGGAGCCUGACGUCGCAGUCGUCCGCAGGAGCGUCACCCGCUUCAUACCGCCCGAAAGGAGACCGUCCCCCCCUCCCAAGUUCGUGAGGCCAGCUCCUCUACCACCGCCGCCGCCGCCAGUUCAGAAGCCCGCCCCGCUUCCACCUCCACCUCCGCCCGUGGUAGCUCCCCCGGUGUUUGUUCUCCCACCACCGCCACCACCCCCUCCUCCGCCGCCUCCUCCUCAGCCAAAGCCUGAGAAGAUCGAAAUCGAUGUCAUCUCUGUCGAUGUGGAUCCUCCCAAACCGAGGAGGAAGAGAAGCCGGUCCCGGAGCAAGCGCAGAUCCCCACGAGAGUCCCGGGAGCUCGAGAGGGUCAUCGAGAGAGACCACUUCAUCCCUGUGCCGUACCCCGUCGAGGUCGAGCCCCAGUACGACACUUUCCGUUACGUAGAAGGGCCGAGACGGUACGAGCAUUCCCCAUCGCCGCCACCGCCGCCCAGGAGGGCGAUAGAGGAAGACACGCGGAUAAGGAUCUCGGACCGUGAAAAGUUCCGUGAGCGCUGGUAG